CAUACAUAGUGCAAGCUUCGCUGAUUAACACAACUUAAUUCGUUAAAAGUAAAUAAAUACCAAUAAUAAAAUGACUUUGCAGCUACAAAUCGAAAAGCUCAAGGGACUCGAUAAUUAUAAAGCUUGGUCAAUGACAGUACGAGCCUAUUUAGAGUCCGAAGAUUUAUGGACGGUUGUGGAAAAUGGUCCCGAAAAUAAUGARGAGUCCCUACUCAAAGACAAACGAGCUAAAUUCAUCAUUUUGUGUUUAAUCGAGACAAAGCUUUGCCAAUUUAUGGUGAGCAUCCGUACGGCCCGUGACUUAUGGACCUAUUUGAGAACACAACACUCUCUGCGUUAAAGCCAAAUACRCUGGAACCAUAACAAAGAUAUUUAUAAUUCAAUUAUACUUACACUUUCUGUWAUAAUUCAGAGAUAUGUGAUAGCAUUAGUCUAUUUAUUGUCAUAGUUAUAAAAWGAGAGUAAAAGCUCUUCUAAUUUUGUU